AUGGCCGACAGCACCGCGCUCAUGCGCUGCCCGAGCGCCCAGCACUCGGCUCGGCCGCAGCAUGGCGCCAAGUUGGUGUACCUGAUCAGGCACGCGGAGUCGCGGGAGAACGUCCGGGUGCGCGCCGCCGGCGCCGUCCUCUCGCGCCUCGCCGCGCUGUCCCUGCCACGGGGCCAGGACCUCUGCGCCGCCUCCAGGCUGCUCCUGUGCGACCUGGACGCGCCGCUGUCCGAUGCUGGGGUGGAGCAGGUGCGCCGCGCUCGGGAGCGCCUGGGCGGCGCGGACUUCCUGAGGCGCGAGGGCAUCGAGCUCGUGGUGCACAGCUCCCGGCAGCGCACGGCGCGCACCUGCCGCGAGCUCUUCGGCCAGGGCCCGGGACCCCCCGUCUCGGCGGGCGGAGGGCAGCAGUGCGUGCAGCGUCCCGUCGCGGGCGGCCCGCGGAGGACCGCGGAGCCUCCGCGAGGCAUGGCCGCCUCGAGGGGCGAGGCCCUCCGGAGGCGCGGCGGCGGGAUCUCUCCGCGCGGGCCCGCCGCGAGGCGACCGCGCGUGCGUCAGCGGCAGCUCGUCCAGGGGCCGCCGCUGCGGCAGGGCGGCGUCCACGCGCCCUGCCCCCGGGGCGGCGGCAGCGCUCAGACCGCCCGCCCCCCGAGGGCGAAAAGCAUGGGCGUCUGA